CCCACCCUUCGGCAGCGGGAACCUCCUCGCCCCGGCUGUGGGAGCUGCAGCUGUGUCCAAAGGAGCUGCUGAGGCUUCUGGCCAUGGACAUCGGGGACCAGCGGCCCAGCCACAGGAGAUCGGCCAACAACGGAAACAUGGCAGGAGCCGUGGGCUGUGGGGAGGAGGCUGACAGACUGCGGGCAGGUCCCUGCAUCCCUGGGACCCCCAGAGAGCCUGGGCAAGCGGAGAGGAAAACAACAGGGACACACACCUGGCUGCCUGGGGGCUGUCUGAGGCUCCCGUGGCUGCAAAAAAAUGAUUUUUCAGUUUUUUGUCACAGAAGGGGUACAUUUUAAGGUGAUUCGGUACAGGAGAGAGAAUUGGUGGGUUUAUUUGUUGGGUUAAAUUUCAUUAAGCCAAGAGGCAAAGUUGUGGCAUCUGUAGAGGGACAGCCUGAUAAACGCACCCACUGUGUAUCACGUCUGCUGUGCUGAGACUUCGGGUUUGUUUGAAAGUGUCUUGCAGCAGUUAUUAAGAGCACGGGGUGCUGUGUGUGAGGCUCCUGUGUUUCUGACUGCAUUUCAGAUCAUGUGAAUAAAGUUAUUUGGAAUGUGUUUUUUUUCUUCAGCUAAAAAAGGCUGUCUUUAACUGGCCUGAAAGACGUUAUUGUUCUCAGGCACACGAAAGGAAGAGUUGUGCACGCUCUUCCAGAAACCGAACAGGACCAAAACUUGCUGUGAGGCAGCAGCCGCACCCUGAGGGCGGCGCGUGGCCGGGUCGGGCGGCUCCGGGCAGCACCCGUUCAACGCCCGCUCCUCGGGCGGUACCGGCCCGGCCCGCCCGUGCCCCGGGCGCCGCCGCCGCCGCUGGGUGCGGCCGCCCCCCCGGGCUAAGAUGGCGCCGCGCCCGCGCCUCACCGGGCGCCCACGUACGUGCAGCAGCCCCGGCGCUGGUUUCGGGUGGCGAACACCGCCCCGCCCCCUCCGCUCGCGCCGUUCGCGCCAAAGCGCCUCGUGACGCGGCCGUGUGUAGGUCCGCCCCCGCCCUCCAUGUUUUCAAACUGAGUGGGUGGGCGUGAUUGGCUGGCGUGCGCGCCACGUGAUUAACGGUCGCGGGAAAGCCGCGGAGUCCGAACAGCGCGAGGCGAGCCGUGCCCGGGGGCAGCGCCGUGCGGAGCCGCCACCGCGCCGAGGGGCGCAGCGCAGGGAGCCCGAGGAGAGCCGGGGCGCAGCAGCAGCAGCGACAGCGGCCGGGUUCGGCCGUGAGCGGGGCUCGCAGCGAGGCGCCAUGAGCUUUCUCAGCUUGCAGCGGGCGGCGCCGCCGCGGCGGGUCUCGGCCCGGCGGGCGGCUGCCCCGAUCCGGCAGAAACUGCUGUUCCUGAGCGGCAACAGCGACUGCGAGGAGGAGGAGGAGGACGAGGAGGAGGAAGGCGGCAGCAGCGGCAACAGCACCGGGGAGGACUCGGCUUUCCAGGAGGCAGACUCGCCGCUCUCGGCGGCUCGCACCCCGGCGCGGGGCGACCCGCCCCUGCUGGAGGAGGAGGAGGAAGAGAUGGAGCCGGCGGCGGCGGCGCUGCCUGACGAGGGGGACUCGUGGGAGGAGGAGGGGUUCGGCUCCUCUCCCGUGAAGUCGCCGGGAGCCUAUUUCAUGGCCGGCUCGCCCUCAUCGCCGCCCCCCCACAAGGGCCGCCGCUACUGCGGGCGCUCCCCGCCGCACCCGGCGGCCGGCGGUUAUCGGAUGAGGAGCGAGGAGCCCAGCUCGCCGCUGCCCGAGUACCCCGGCACGCCUCCUCACAAGACGUUCCGCAAGCUGCGCCUCUUCGACACGCCGCACACCCCCAAGAGUUUGCUUUCUAAAGCACAAGGAAUAGGCUCCAGCUCAGUAAAACUUCGAGGAGGCUCUCUAUUUAUGAAUGUUGGGAGAUCAGAGAAGCAAGAAGAAGAUAUUAGACGAACACCACAUGUGAACAUCAAUCCCUUCACUCCUGAUUCCAUGUUCCUUCAUAACUCUGAAGGAAAAUGUCGUAGGAGGAAGAGAACACACUGGAAUGACUCUUGUGGGGAGGACAUGGAAGCAAGUGAUGGAGAGCCUGAAGACGAAACAAUCAGACCUGCUAAGAGGAUAACAAUAACAGAAAGUAAUAUGAAGUCACGAUAUGCAACUGAAUUUCAUGAGCUGGAGAAGAUUGGAUCUGGUGAAUUUGGUUCUGUGUUUAAAUGUGUGAAGAGACUUGAUGGCUGUAUCUAUGCAAUAAAGCGAUCCAAGAAGCCCUUAGCUGGCUCAGUGGAUGAGCAAAAUGCUUUAAGAGAAGUCUAUGCACACGCAGUCCUGGGACAGCAUUCACACGUAGUAAGAUACUACUCUGCAUGGGCAGAAGAUGAUCAUAUGCUUAUACAAAAUGAAUAUUGCAAUGGUGGCAGUUUAGCAGAUGCCAUAAGUGAAAAUUACAGGAAUAUGCGUUAUUUUACUGAGCCAGAACUGAAGGACCUGCUGCUUCAGGUGGCUCGAGGCUUGAAGUAUAUUCAUUCAAUGUCACUGGUACACAUGGAUAUCAAACCUAGUAAUAUCUUUAUAUCUAGGACAUCAGUCCCAAGUGCAACUUCAGAAGAAGGUGAUGAUGAUGACUGGUCAUCUGAUAGAGUCAUAUUUAAAAUAGGUGACCUUGGUCAUGUAACUCGAGUUUCUAGCCCACAAGUGGAGGAAGGUGAUAGCCGCUUUCUUGCAAACGAAGUCCUGCAAGAGAACUACACACAUUUGCCAAAAGCGGAUAUUUUUGCUCUUGCUCUGACUGUUGUCUGUGCUGCUGGGGCUGAACCACUUCCAAGCAAUGGGGACCAAUGGCAUGAAAUUCGACAAGGAAAACUACCUAGAAUACCACAAGUGCUUUCCCAAGAAUUAGUAGACUUACUAAAAGUUAUGAUUAAUCCUGAUCCAGAGAAAAGGCCUUCAGCUGUGGCACUAGUCAAGCAUUCAGUGCUUCUCUCUGCAGCAAAAAAGAGUGCAGAGCAGCUCCGGAUAGAACUGAAUGCUGAAAAGUUCAAAAACUCACUCCUGCAGAAAGAGCUGAAGAAGGCGCAGAUGGCAAAGGCUGCAGCUGAGGAGCGAGCAUUGUUCACUGACAGAAUGACAACUAGAUCUACGACACAAAACAGACCAUCGCGACUCAUCGGAAAGAAAAUGAACCGCUCAGUUAGUCUUACUAUAUACUAGCUAUGAAGUCUAAAAGAACUACUGAGAGGAUGGCUAUAGCAUCUCUGCCGGACUGAAGCCUAAGGAGUUGAAGGAAGCAUUCAAUUCCUGGUUUCUUGUCCCAUCUUUAAUUAGUGUCUCUAGUUUUACAAGAGUUGCUUCUGGUUUUUACUUGUAUAAUAUGGCUGAUUAGCUAUAUUAACCUGUUGAGUUAAUGGACUCAGUUACUAUCUUGUCUAUAGAGGAUCCUGGAUGUUAAUCCCUAAGACUUUCAGUUACACUGUUAGAUGUUACAUUUUCCCAGGGUUAACCACUAUAGUGGUGUGCUGCUUUGUAGUGUUACAGCGUUGUAAUAACAAGUAAUAUCCCUUAAUGAUAUUUAAGAGGGAGGGAAGGGGCCUUGCUUUGGUAGUUAACUGAUUUUUUUUUUUUGGAGUAGAGGGGAAUUAAUUUUGAAAGAUGGGCUUUUAAGGCCACCUACACUCAAUGUACCUGAUGUCAGGUAGACUUCUAUUGUGAAUUUUAUUUGUAUAUUCAACUGGGAGCACUUUGUAGGCAUUGCAUAAACCACAGCUUAGAAACCUGUGGAGUUAAGUGCCAUGUGGAACUGCUGCUAUUUUUAGUUUGUUGUCCUCGCUGUAAACUGUAGCAUUAAAACAAUCAUUAUUGUGUUAAUAGGCUUCUUGUUAAAACAAUUACGUGAAACAAAUCUAAGCUGCAUUUUAGUGAAGGCAGCAUCUUUCUCUUGAAGCUAGUGCAUUGUGAAAUAAUGCACCAAUUUAAUAUUUGGAUUCUGUACUAGUGUAGUGCAAUUGUUAAUGUCUUGGCUAUUGAUGUUUUGUAAUUCUUUCUAAUAAGGUUCUCUAAAUGUUGAUAUUCUCUUCAGUUGCCCAUUCUUGAGGCUAUUGUAUAUUUUUUUUAUGUUGGAAUACUUGUAAAUAAUUGUUUAGUUUAAGUGUUCAGGUUGUUCUCCAUUGUUUAUGUACAUAAGUUUGAUCGUGCUUAUAGUAUACUAUACUGAAACUGCAGUUUGAGAUGCCAACAGUCAAAGCUUGACUAUUCAGUUUUAAGUUCCAAAAUGAACAGAAUAUGGCUGUCAGAACCUGUACUGAUGUUGGACCUAGGCUGACAGAUGUUGCUAAAAACCAGAACUGUUCUAAUUACUGGCUUGUCUUCAUUAAUUUUAGUUGAAACAAUGUUUCCCAUUUGUGCUCUAUUUGUUCUUAAUAGUGUUGAAUUUUAAUAUUAAAGUUAAAAGUUUUGUUUAA